AUGCACAGUUUCAAUAAAACUACUGUGGUCACACAGUUUAUCCUGGUGGGCUUCUCUAGCCUAAAGGAGCUCCAACUGUUGCUUUUUGUCCUCUUCCUGCUCUUGUACCUGACAAUUCUGCUGGCCAAUGCCACCAUCAUGGUGGUCAUCCGCUUCAGUCGAACUCUGCAUACCCCUAUGUAUGGGCUUCUCUUCAUCCUUUCCUUCUCAGAGUCCUGCUAUACCUUUGUAAUCAUCCCACAGCUGCUGGUCCACCUACUGUCAGCUACCAAGACCAUUUCUUUCACAGCCUGCACCACCCAACUUUUCUUUUUCCUCGGCUUUGCCUGUACUAACUGCUUCCUCAUUGCUGUGAUGGGCUAUGAUCGUUAUGUGGCCAUCUGCCACCCCCUGAGAUACACACUCAUUAUGAACAAGACAUUUGGCUUGGGACUGGUUUCCCUGUCAGCCUUCACUGGUUUCUUGAUUGCUCUGGUAGCCACCAACCUCAUCUGUGAGAUGCCCUUUUGUGGCCCCAACAAGGUCAACCACUAUUUCUGUGACAUGGCACCUGUGAUUAAGCUAGCCUGCACAGACACCCAUGUGAAAGAACUGGCUCUCUUUAGUCUCAGCAUCCUGGUUAUCAUGGUACCCUUUCUGUUAAUUCUCAUCUCCUAUGGCUUCAUCCUGAAUACCAUCCUAAAGAUUCCUUCUGCUGAGGGCAAGAGGAAAGCCUUUGCCACUUGUGCCUCUCACCUCACUGUUGUCUUUGUCCACUAUGGCUGUGCCUCCAUCAUCUAUCUACGACCCAAGUCCAAGUCAGCUUCAGACAAGGAUCAGCUGGUGGCAGUGACCUACACUGUUGUGACUCCCCUCCUUAAUCCUCUUGUCUAUAGUCUGAGGAAUCAGGAGGUGAAGACUGCCCUGAAAAGAGUUCUGAGAAAGUCUGUUAACACUAAGGGAGGUUAA